GAAGGUUGAGUUUCUGUGGCCCGUUGAACGCGGGCGGGGGGAGGUGGCUUCUUCCGGCCGGUGGUGGGGUAGCUGCGUAGGUCGAAGGACACAGCCGGCGGAAUUGGUGUCUUUUGCAAGCCGGAAGGCCUUUCCUAGGAGGUAGCCAGAACAGAGAGAGCUGUAAACUCCUUGAAGUGCAAGAGGCUGCUUCUGGUCCCCGAGUGGCUCUCGACCUUGCCUCCUUUUACCUCGUGAUCUCACCAUUCCAGAUUGAAAUCAUGGCAGGACCAGAAACUGAUGCCCAAUUCCAAUUCACUGGUAUCAAAAAAUAUUUCAACUCUUACACUCUCACAGGUAGAAUGAAUUGUGUACUGGCCACAUAUGGAGGCAUCGCUUUGAUGGUCUUGUACUUCAAGUUAAGGUCUAAAAAAACACCAGCUGUGAAAGCAACGUAAACAGAUUUUAAAGUGUACCUCAUCUGUUAAGUUCCCAUGCCUGGAGAAGCUAAUGUCAACUCAUCAUGUGAUACUCAAUUUGUACAAUAAAUUAUGAACCUGGAAAA